GAAUUGAAUGAAUUUAGCCUAUGCAAAAUGAGGAGAGAAAACGUGUCCCCUGGGUUGCGUGCUUCGUUUGACAGCAAAUUCGUGGUUUCAGCACGGUAAGUGCUAUCGGUUCGGUGGCCUUAACUUAAGAAUAAUAACAAAACAAACACAGCCUAAUACCCAAUCCUCACUCUACUUUCCCCAUUUAUCUGUCAAACGCGCAGCAACAAGAAUCAAAAUCCAAGGGCGAGCUUUAAACCAUUUCAGGGUUUUGUUCGUUCUGGUACGAGUUUUCUUAUUUCUGAUCAUCUGCCUUACAUCAUUAACAAACAACAAUGACCACCCCUUUCCCUCGCUCACUGUCCUGUGUAGCCAACACUGCUCUUCACCGCACCAAAUCCGAGCAGUUUACUCAUUUUGUUUCCAACACAGUGACACGGCUCCUCUGCUCUUCAACUCAGCCACAACACGAAAACCCUCUCAGGGAACAAGCACAGACACCACCUCAAGAAUCUCUCCAUGAUGAGAACAAACAAAGCCAUGAGCCCGAAGAAGACCACGAAGAUGGUGACAGUAUUAACAAAGAAACAGGUGAGAUUGGUGGACCCAAGGGGCCUGAGCCCACUAGGUAUGGUGACUGGGAACGCAAUGGUCGCUGCUCUGAUUUUUAAGUUUUUACUUCACUCUGCAUACCAUAAUAGUGUGUUUGGAUCCACUUUAUACAUGCACGUCUCAAACUAAAAUCACGUCAAAUUGAAGGAAAGACAAGAAAGCUACUAAUAGUAGGUUUACCUUUGACGCUUAUCCAAACAUGCAGAUGAUAAAUUAAAUUUCAUUAAUAUUGUGUAUUUUUUUUUCCUAUUCAGUUCUGAUUGGAUGACUAUAUGUGAUGAUUAUGUAACGACAUUGUCUUUUGAUUCAUUAUUAUUAUGCAGUUAAAAUUGUGAGAAUUGGAGAAACGCUUAA